CCACUUACUUUCUUUCACGUGGAGAAGGACUUUGAUGCCCAUGCAGAGGUCUCCAAGGACAGAUGGAGGCUGUGGGUCACUCGCUAUGCAGGAUCUGGCUGCUUUUCUUGCUGUUCUGGCUGGGACAAGGGAGGCAGAUGGUUCCCCCAGGUUUUGUAGAGAGCAGUUGCCGCUCCAGAAUUUUCUGGAUGAAACUGAAUAAACUCUUUCUCCAGGGAAAGUUCUUCCAGCUGGAAAUCUAUGAUCCUUAUGCUGGCCCCAUUCUGUUGGAUGAGAAACUAGCAUCUCGCUGUGGCUACGUGCUGUCAGAAGAUGUGUGGGGCAACCCCGUCUUCCGCGCGUCAGUGCUUGGCUGUCAUGUGGCCAACGAGGCAGAUGAGCUGUUUACUCUGACUGUGAACAUCAAGGUCUCCUCAUUUUCAAGCAUGAGGGCAGCUGUGACCUACACCUACCCUAUGUACUGCUCCUACCCUUCCUGGGCUUCAAGAGAAAUUGUGUGUGAAGAAAACUACAUGGAGGUGUCAGUGAAGACUGAUGUCCCUGCAGUUUCAAAUGACUACACCGUAGCGUGGAUGUCAGCACUGCCAGAGACUCAAAAUGUUGCAUACCAGCAAUGGCAACUGAUGUUUGUUUCUCCAUCAGGGAGAAAGAGAGUAACAGUAAGCGAUGCAGUGAAACUGGGAUACAGCUUCAAUAACACGCUGUCCCGAGUGUACCUGCGCGCGCCCUACCACAGCAACGAGUCUGACAUCACUGUGGUCAGCGGUGUGAAUAUGAACAUGGUCACUUCCACUUCCAUGUACAGGCAGCGGUGGCUGCUUUUGCUGAUUGACACGACUGUCUCCUGUCCUGUUGAUGGCAUCAGCUUCACUGAUACUACGCUGACAUGGACGACACCAAGGGUUAUUCCCACAUUAGUGGUUCAAGAAUCCACCUUUCUGUCUAAAAACAUUGUAAUGGGAGUUGAUGAUCAAGUCAUAGUAAAUCCAGAGGAGAAGAACUACUUACUGGAGCACAACGAGACACACAUCAGAAUAACUAUCCCUAUUGGAGCAGAAGGUGGCAAGCUAAAGAGUUCCAUAUCUGGUGGUGUAUAUGGAGUCAUUUACAGUAUUGACUUGUUUUUGGAGCACACAUGGACAGAUGCAGGUUGGCAAACCACAAAGUACACAGUCAUCAAAUCCAUCACUACACCUUUCAUGCCACAAAUGCCAACUGUUAUCAACAAUACUGUGCCAGAGGAACGGCUUUUUAAUGUUGCAUUUGGACACUUUCUUCCCGAUGUCUCUCUGGUGGCAAUCGCAAUAGGAAAUGUGCCAUUUACCCCGAGGGAAGCACAGUACCACGAGUUCAAGGUUUAUGAAACUCUCUUUUCUAAUAGAACAAAAGGGUUUAUCCUGGAAGUCUCUUUUGAUGAUCCGUAUGUUCUAAAAGAGUAUGUUAACAGAAAUGAAACAAAAUACACCCUCCUGGUUAACUACACUCUUAGCGUGGGGCCAGAGAUGACACUCUAUUAUCAUUCAGCAGAGGUGGAGUGUGUGAUUGCUGAUAUUGAACUACCAGAAGCAGUUGGCUCCUGUGAUGAAGAAAACCUGUAUCUAACCCUCCCUACUUUUGGCUUGCACCAGUAUUGGGAACUGUAUCUUGGUAACACGCUACUGAACCGGCACAUUGCACUCACCAAUGGGUAUCUGGCAGCUAUCAAUUCUACACACCUGAUCUUGCAAAUACCUCUGUUUGCUGUGGGAGUUACCUACGAGGAAGUGUCCUUUCAGAAAAUCAAAGCAAGGUUUGAUGUUGCCCUAAGGAAAGUGAGAACUAUGGAGACCUUACAGAUGUUCUCCAUUAGCUGCAGUUUUAAUUCUUCAGAAUUUAUAAUAUGCCACCCGGAUGGUACUGUAAUGAUAUCUGCCCAAAUGAAGACAGUUCCUGGCAUUGACAUGAGUAAAACCAAACUAAGGGACAGCUCUUGCAAGCCUAGAGAGUAUAAUGAAGCGCAUGCCUUCUUCAAGUUCCAUGUCACUACCUGUGGCACUUCUGCAAGGUUUGAAGGUGAUCACAUUAUUUAUGAAAAUGAAAUCUCUUAUGAGAAAGAGACUCUUCCAGGACAGAGCAUACAGACAAUCACAAGGGAUCCAGAUUACAGACUAACAAUCUUGUGCUACUAUCAAGCAAAGGAGACCCUAGUGCUGGGGGCCUUCGUUAGUGAUCCAGUCACAUCACCUCCCUUUGGCUCUGGUACGAUGGGACCAAGAUCAAAUACUGCAGCACACAGAAGAGUAAGACAAGCUCUGAAUGUAGUUUCAAGAGUGUCCAAAGAUGAAUCUUUCAUGGAAUUCUAUGAGCCCAGCAUGGCCAUCCUCAAGCAACCUGUGGAGCCUGUGUUUCUUGAGGUGGAGCUGAAAGACGAGAGCUCCAACGUUGAGUUAUACCUGGAAAACUGCUGGGUAACCAGAUCUCUGGACUUCAGUAGCACCCCAAGAUGGAACAUUACUGUGGAUGGGUGUGAGAUUAAUGGCAGUGAGUAUGCUGCAGAGUUCUGCCCAGUACCUGUUAGCCCCAGGGUCAGACACCCUUCUCACUUUAAAAGGCUGGCAGUAAGAACCCUGGCAAAGCAACUGGAACAGGAUUAG